CAUCCCUGUAGUGUAAUUGGAUGAUAGUGAGCGGCCCUGGUGUGAUUGGCUGGAGCCUUUGUAGUGAUGACUGGUCCUCUUCUCCAAUGUGUCCCCGCCGAGCCGCUCGCAGUCCCCGGAAUAGUGAGGGCACCCCCAGCCUUCGGGCCCCGAGACUGUGGUCCCUCCUUGUGUUCGGGGCGGGGGUGCUGCUGGGGGCUGGGCUAUUGCUAAGGGAGAGCCUGACACCUGAGAGGGAUGAGAGCAGGAGAGACGUCCGGGGCCAGGAGAUACACCCCAAAUCCCUCUCCUCUGCUCAGCUCAGGAACCUGGUGUCAGAGGUCAGUAUUCCGCGCCUGUGGUCGUCAUUCAUAGGACCUAUGCUCAUUGAGAGGUCUCCUGGGAGUGCCGGCAACCGGCUGGUGAGAGAGCUCAUCACUGGCCACCUCCGGUCUUUGUCUGCAGGGUGGACUGUGGAUCUAGACCUGUUUGAUGCGGCUACCCCACGCGGUACCUUGUCCUUCGGAAGCGUUAUAGCCACGCUCGACCACAAAGCCCAGCACCGCUUGGUAUUUGCCUGUCACCUGGACUCCAAGUGGUUUCUCCCAGACAGGAGAGGACGUCUGUUUGUCGGGGCAACAGACUCUGCAGUGCCCUGUUCUCUCAUCCUGGAGGCGGUAACUGUGCUAGAUACUCUGCUGCGGCAGCUCAAGAACAAGCCCUCCCCCCUCACACUGCAGCUGUACUUUCUGGACGGCGAGGAAGCCUUACGUGAUUGGACAGACACUGAUUCGCUGUACGGCGCACGGCACUUGGCGCAGCGCCUGGAGACUGAGCCGAUGCCAGGAGGAGCUGGGAACCAGCUAAGCGCUAUAGAACUCUUUGUCCUUUUGGAUUUGCUUGGCGCUCCAGACCCUCUAAUCCUGAACCACUUCCCGGAGACUCGCACGCACUUCCUGAGGCUCCUUUCUCUUGAGAAGCGGCUACACGGUCUGGGCCUCCUGGACUCCCACCCUGCAGAUCAUCCCUACUUCAGGUCUGAUGUGUAUUAUGGACCUGUGGCAGAUGAUCACCUUCCAUUCCUACAGCGAGGGGUCCCAGUGCUUCAUGUCAUCGCCACCCCGUUCCCUGCCGUCUGGCACACUCAUGAUGAUACGGAGGAGAACCUUCACCGACCAACAGUGGCUAAUUUGUGCCGGAUUUUUGUUGCCUUCCUGAGUGAAACCCUCUCCCUGUGACUGCGAUGAUGUAGAGAAUGACAGUAUUGGCGCCGCCGUGCGCUGUGACCUGGUGCGGCCGUACUGGCACCUUCUGCACAUUGGCUGCCAUGUUUAUGGGAGGGUUUUGCCAAAUGACUGCGUGACUAUGGCCUAUUCUUUAUUCAGUCAACAGGGGACACUUAAAAGGAGGUGUUCUCAGCGUCAGGAGUAUCUGCUGAUUUCUGUACACAGACGUCCUGCUUAUACACAGGUGCAGUUGCGGGUAUAAUGUACACAGACGUCCUGCUUAUACACAGGUGCAGUUGCGGGUAUAAUGUACACAGACGUCCUGCUUAUACACAGGUGCAGUUGCGGGUAUAAUGUACACAGACGUCCUGCUUAUACACAGGUGCAGUUGCGGGUAUAAUGUACACAGACGUCCUGCUUAUACACAGGUGCAGUUGCGGGUAUAAUGUACACAGACGUCCUGCUUAUACACAGGUGCAGUUGCGGGUAUAAUGUACACAGACGUCCUGCUUAUUACCCGGAUGCAGUUGCGGGUAUAAUGUACACAGACGUCCUGCUUAUACACAGGUGCAGUUGCGGGUAUAAUGUACACAGACGUCCUGCUUAUUACCCGGAUGCAGUUGCGGGUAUAAUGUACACAGACGUCCUGCUUAUACACAGGUGCAGUUGCGGGUAUAAUGUAGACAGACGUUCUGCUUAUACACAGGUGCAGUUGCGGGUAUAAUGUACACAUAGUAGAUACAGUAGCUGUACUGACAGAUUCAUCCACUCAGCAGUUUCCUCUCACUCGCUGAAGGGACUCGGUGACUGGGGAACACCAGAUCAAACCAGUUAGAGCUUUUUUUGACUUGAGCGCAAACCUGAUAUUAUGGUGCCCCCACGCCGUUCCCCCCCAUAUCAUUCUCAGUGUUCCCCAGACAGCUUCUGUGAUGCCAAUUAUCCAUUGAUCAGGAGACCCCGGUAUGGUCCUGUGUGCCGGUGCGGUCUCUGGCUUCUGUGUAUAUCCGUCCGGUCAGGGCGCUGCAGCGACACCUGUCAUGUCGCCGUCUUAGGAUCAUACAUUUUCUCAGGUCUUGGCGGAGGUAAAAGCUGCUCCCUGUACUGUUACAGUAUGUCUUCUGUUUUAUGUUGAGUUUGGAACAAGAUGGAGUAAACGUGGUAAGAGAUGUA